CCGGCAACGGCUCAAACCUAUGCCAACCUGACCCAGGGCACCACCCUGACCCCCCUUGGCCCAACCACCUCCUGGCCCUCCCCCUCCGGCGACUUCGCCUUCGGCUUUCGACCCCUCGACUCCAACGCCUCCCUCUUCCUCCUCGCCAUCUGGUUCAACUCCACCAACCCCCAGACAAUUGUCUGGUUCGCCAACGGCGACAACCCCGUGCAGGCCGGGUCCAAGCUCGAGCUCACCUCCGACGGCCAGCUCUCCCUCACUGACCAGACCGGCAACGAGAUCUGGAACCCCGGCGUCAGAAGCGCACCCUACGCCGCCCUCCUCGACACCGGCAACCUCAUUCUCUUCUCCUCCCCUAUCUGGCAGAGCUUCAGCUUGCCGACCGACACCCUCCUACCGGGCCAAGUCCUGACCCCGGGGUCCAACCUCUUCUCCCGGUUCAUGGACUCCAACUUCUCCACCGGCCGGUUCGCUCUCGCGGCGCAGACCGACGGCAACCUGGUGCUCUAUCCAGUGGCGCUGCCCGCCAGAAACUUCUACCACGCCUAUUGGGCCCUGGGCACCAUGGGCUCCGGCUCCAACUCCACCCUCGUCUUCAACAUGUCCGGCGACCUCUACUACGUUCUAUCCAACGGUAAUCAAAUGAAUAUAACCUCCACCCGAACCUACUCGAUGGAAGAUUUCUACCGGAGGGCGACGCUCGACGUCGACGGCGUCUUCACAGUUUAUAUCUAUCCGAAGACGGAAUCGGGAAAGGCGAGAUGGGGGGACAAAUGGUCGGUCGUGACCAACAUACCUACAGACAUUUGCACGAGACCGACCGACUUCGGGAGCGGUGUAUGUGGAUUCAAUAGCUUCUGUGUCUUGGAGAACCAGAGGCCUGACUGCCGGUGCCCAUUGAGCUAUUCGUUCAUGGAUUCCACUAUGAAAUUUAAAGGCUGCAAGCCAGACUUUGAGGCCCAGACCUGCGAGAUAGAUGAAUCGGAUUCGUUCGAACUGGAGACGGUAUACGGUGUCGACUGGCCAAACGGGGACUACGAGCAUUACAUGCAGGUGGCUGAAGAGAACUGCAGAUCAUUGUGUUUGAGUGAUUGCUUGUGCGACGUCGCGGUCUUUAGGGGCGGGGAGUGUUGGAAGAAGAAGCUGCCUCUGUCGAAUGGGAUGACGGGAAAUGUCGGAGGGAAGCUGUUCAUCAAAGUGCCCAAAGAUAAUUCCUCCUUCCCUCGGCCUCCAACUACAAUCAUAGCCAUGGAAAGAAAGAAUCGAAGCACUUUGAUUCCCGUCGAAUCUUUGCUUCUGGGAGGCUCUGGGUUUCUCAAUUUGAUCUUGAUUACUGCAAUCUUUGCUAUAGUAUACUGUUACCACAAAAACAGGAGUAUGAAGAAGCUCGAUCAGGACACGACCAUGCUGGGGUUAAACCUAAGAAUCUUCAGUUACAAAGAGCUUGAAGAGGCUACCAAAGGGUUUAGCGAGGAAGUGGGCAGUGGAUCAUUCGGAGCAGUCUACAAGGGGUUGCUGCCGGGAUCAGAGUCCGCAACAUCAAUUGCAGUGAAGAAACUACAUAGGUUGCAUGAGGACCGCGAGAAGGAAUUCACCAACGAGGUGAGAUCGAUCGGCCAGACUCACCACAGGAAUUUGGUUAGAUUGUUUGGCUUCUGUAACGAAGGAACCCAUCGGAUUCUGGUGUAUGAAUACAUGUGCAAUGGGUCGCUCCCGAGCUUUCUCUUUGGGAGUGAAAGGCCGAGUUGGAACAAACGAGUGCAGGUUGCCAUGGGGAUUGCGAAAGGACUUGCUUACUUGCAUGAUGAGUGCGCCACUCAGAUCAUCCACUGUGAUAUAAAGCCUCAGAACAUACUGCUGGAUGAGAAUCUUAUUGCGAGGAUAUCAGAUUUUGGGCUGGCCAAGCUUCUAAGAACGGACCAGUCUCGAACAAGUACUGGAAUAAGGGGUACUAGAGGAUAUGUCGCACCUGAGUGGUUUAGAAAUACUGUAAUCACAGCGAAGGUGGAUGUGUACAGCUUUGGGGUCAUGUUGCUGGAGAUCAUAUGCUGCAGGAAGAACGUGGAAGCAGAGGCCGGGGAUGAGGACAGAGCAGUGCUGACAUUUUGGGCUUAUGACUGCUACAGAGAAGGGAGUUUGGACCUUUUGGUAGGCAAUGAUGAAGAGGCGAUGGCUGACAUGAGGAUGUUGGAGACCUUUGUGAAGGUGGCCAUUUGGUGCAUCCAGGAGGAGCCAUCGCUGAGGCCUUCAAUGAAGAAGGUAAAUCAGAUGCUAGAAGGAGCAGUUGUGGUUUCUAUCCCCCCGGACCCUUCCUCGCGCGGUCCAAUAAGCUUUUAACUGUAUAUAUAUAUAUAUAUAUUGGGGGUGGGGCCCUAAGUCGGAUGCGAAUUUAGUCUCCUAUAUGUAGGUACGUGCUUGUUCUUUAACCUUGACACAUUUUAUGAACGUCAAGAACACCUUGGAUUAUUGCAGUUAUAAGAUUCAUGUAUUAAGUUAGUAGAAGGUAGAUUACAGCACCAAAUAGUGGUGCCACUUAUCACAUAAAUCCUCUUCCCUGCAACAAA